ACCGCCCGCGCCUCUGCCACCGCCACCGCCGCCAUGAGGACGCCGGGCGAGGUGCUGCGCGAGGGCGAGCUGGAGAAGCGCAGCGACAGCCUGUUCCAGCUGUGGAAGAAGAAGCGCGGGGUGCUCACGCCCGACCGCCUGCGCCUGUUCCCCGCCGGGCCCGGCGCGCGCCCCAAGGAGCUGCGCUUCCACUCCAUCCUCAAGGUGGACUGCGUGGAGCGCACCGGCAAGUACGUCUACUUCACCAUCGUCACCACCGACCGCAAGGAGAUCGACUUCCGCUGCGCGGGCGAGAGCUGCUGGAACGCGGCCAUCACGCUGGCGCUCAUCGACUUCCAGAACCGCCGCGCCCUGCAGGACUUCCGCAGCCGCCAGGAGCGCGCCGCGCCCGCCGCG